AUGUGUGACGUUAGUGGACUGGUGGAUUUGGAGGAGACGAAAGACUGCAUCACUUUACAACCUCUUCCAGAACCGCUGCUUAUAAUCCUUUCUCCGCCUCCACCUUUCCUACCGUACCCAGGUGAGCCACCCAUGCUGUGGCUGAAAUGGCUCAAAGCUUUUGAACACUACAUUCAUGCUCUUGAUGAAAAGGAGCUGGCCGACUCCACUAAGCUGAUGCUUUUACGGAACUCCCUCGGCUCAGAGGGAGAGCACGUCUUCUCAACUCUGCUCAAGAGUGACACUACAUACACCACUGCCAUUUCAGCGCUGACCGACCAUUUCAGACUCGACCAUGCCUCCCAAGUGCACCACCUUAAGUUCCACCAAAGGGUUCAGAUGCCUGGAGAGACUGUAGACCAGUUUGUCUCGGCACUGGAAGAACUGCUGAGACCUUGUAACUAUGGAAGCAUAAAGGAAAAACUUCUACUGGAGCAGCUGAUUGAGAAAACCAACAAUCUGCAGCUCAGAGAGAUGUUACUGAUGAGAAAAGAGACUCUGACCUUCUCCUCAGCGCUGGCGAUGGCUAAAGAGCUGGAAAUGGUUUUAAAUGAUUCUGUGCUUGGUUUUCACGAGGUCAAUGUAGACAUUGAAGAGUAUUUAGAGCCCCCUGUUCAAAUAAAGCGCAAAAGAGGUAGGCCUCGUCGUGGGGAGGAAAGGGUUAAAGUAAAGCCACAAGUGACUAAAACCCAAACAAACUCAUCUACGCUCAAAGACGACUACUACUACAGUAACGAUAAGCUGUAUUACAGUGAUGGUGAAGAUAAACUCCAAGCCGUGGAUGAGAAUAAUCGCAAUGAAGUAAAUGAUCGUAGCAGCACCUCGACAUUACGAAGAAUGGAGGAAGACGGCAACAGUGGAAGCACUGUCCUCUCUUCAACCAAACGACAAGCCCUCUGCUGUUCCUUAUGCUCCAACAGAUGCUUCUACAAUGUGAACAAGCUCAACAGACACAUGAGGACACACACGCAGGAGAAACCGUUCGCUUGCCCAGUCUGCGAAAUGAGAUUCAGCCAGUCCUACCACAUGACCCGACACAUGAGGAACCAGCACGACGCAGGCCAGUUCGUCUGCUCCACCUGCGGGGAGAGCCACGAAAGCUUGGCCGAAUUAAGGAUACACAAUCAGACGCACAAAUCCAAAGUUCUGUUCUGUCCAGAGUGCUAUGAACUGUUCACCGACAAAGAUGAGUUUUCUACUCACAUCAAGACGCACACAAAUAACUCGACGUCUCCAACGGAGGGCGGAAGCUCUCAGCAGGCUCUUCAAGUACCGGUGAAACGCAAACGAGGUAGGCCUCGUCGUGGGGAGGAAAAGAAUAAAACGCAGCCACUUGUGAGGAAAACCGCUUCAACUAGACACGAGGAUGAGAACGACCACAGUAAUGGUCGAGAUAGAUCUCAGGCUGUGGAGAAUCUGGAUCGCAGUAAAGCAGGUGAUGAUGACACCUCAUCAACAUUUAGAAUGACAAAAGAGGACAUCAACAGUCAUGGACAUGUCCUUCCUUUGACUAAAACGAAAGGUUUGUACUGCCCCUUCUGUAUCAAGCACUUCAACAAAGCAGACAGGCUCACCAGACACAUGAGGAUUCAUACGAAGGAGAAACCAUUCACCUGCCCCAUCUGCGAAAUGAGAUUCAGCCAGCCCGAUCACAUGACGCGACACAUGAGGAACCUGCACGCCGCAGGCCAGUUCGUCUGCUCCGUCUGUGGAGAAAGCCUGGAAAGCUUUGCGGACUUACUAAAACACAACAAGACACACAAGUGCCAAGUUCUGUUCUGUCCCGACUGCAACGAAAGAUUCAGCAACGACGAUGAUCUUUGUAGUCACGUCAAGACGCACAGACAUGGAGGUCAGAGUGUCCGACAGGCUGACGUCAAAGAAACCAAAGAGGAAGAAGUGCUUGAUGCUGAUUCAAACGCUGCAGAAUCUGAGUUUCAGCCUGCGACAGGACAAAGGAACUCCAAAAGCACAUCUAGAAAAGCAGGGAAGAAAAGCGCUCCGGCGACAUCCUCAAAGACUAAAACAAGAAGACACGUUUGUCCUCUCUGUGUCAACAGGCAUUUCAAAGGCCCAGACAAACUGGCUCGACACAUGAGGAGUCACACGCAAGAGAAGCCGUUCAUCUGUCCGUGCUGCGAUCUGAAAUUCAGCCAGUCAUACCACAUGACCCGACACAUGCGGAACCAGCACAACGGGGGCCAGUACUUCUGCCCUACGUGCAGGGAGAGCUUUACAAGCUGUGCUGAGUUGGCAAGCCACAAGAACACACACAAGUCCCAAGUUGUGUUCAGCCCGGAUUGUAAUGAACAAUCCACCAACAAAGAUGAGCUUUGUAGUCACGCCAACGACUCGUCUUCUCAAACAGACCAUCGACAUUUUCAUCAGGUUGAUGGAAUCCAAGUAAAGACUGAAGCUGAUGCUGGUGCCGCCUCUUUAGCUGCUGAUGCUGACGGUAAAGAAUUUGAAGUUCAGGCUUCGCCUGCAGAUGAGAGCGCUGACGAAGCAACACCUAAGGAAGACGGAUGCAAGAAUCAGGUCGUGUCAAAAACAGAAGGCCAUUUCUGUCCUGUCUGCGUCAACAAGUGUUUCAGAGGUCCGGCCAAACUGGCUCGCCACAUGAGGACUCACUCCAAGGAGAAACCGUUCACCUGCCCAGUCUGCACUAAGGCUUUCAGCCAGUCCUACCACAUGACCCGACACGUCAGGAACCAGCACGACCUCGGAAAACACGUCUGCGCCAAAUGCGGGAAGAGCUUUAGCACGUGGCUGGACCUGAAAACGCAUCGAAAAACCCACGCUGUUGAUGGUUUGACGUGCCUGGCGUGCGAUAAGCAGUUCAAAGGGAGAGCCGCGCUCGUGAGCCACCUGAAGCUGCACAGGAAGGUUAAGUCCAAACCUGGAAACCUCAAAUGCAGCGAUUGUGACAAAGAGUUUGGUCGCUUAUACCAUUUAAAAAGACACGUGAUGAGCCACUGCAAAGCUGCAAACGCUGAUUUUUACACAUGCCCCGACUGCCAGAAGAACUUCCUGUUCCCAGAAGACCUCAACAAACAUCUGGAGAUUCACGCGAAAGAAAACAGCGGGACUUGUCCGAAAUGCAACGCAACCUUCGACAGCGCAGGAGAACUCGAGGUGCACAUGGUGGUCCAUAACAAAAUUUACCCCUGCAGCACCUGUGGGAAGAAGUUCAAGGUCGAGUACGCGCUGAAGAAACAUGAACAAAGCCACCAAAACGAGCAGUAUUACUGUUCGACUUGUCGCAAGCACUUCUUCAAAGUGACUCACUAUAAGAGACACCUAAUGGUCCACGACAGACGAGAAUCCAGAUGUCCACACUGCGAUGCUGUCUUUUUGAAGCUAACCGCCUUUAAAUAUCAUCUGCGGACUCAUAUGGAAGAGCGGCCUCACCAGUGCAGCUGCUGCAUCGAAACGUUCGAGGAGAAGGCGGAGCUGGACAAACACUCCCUCAAACACAGGAAAAUCAAGAAGGAGAGGCCCUACUCGUGCACUCGCUGCGUCUAUGCCUUCACCACGUUGAUUGAGCUCACUGAGCACAUGAGUUUACAUGAAGGGGAGCUGCCAGAGACCUGUCCCAUCUGUGGCAAAACAUUCCUGAACAAGGACAAGUUGGAGAGACACCUCACCAUCCACAACGGUGAGAGACCUCACCUCUGCUCCAUCUGCGGGAACGGCUUCACCUCGGCCGCCAGCCUCAAGCUGCACGUCCUCAUCCACACCGGAGAAAAACCUUUCCGGUGCUCGCAGUGCGGUAAAAGCUUUAGCUCAAACAGCGGACUGCGGCUGCACAGCAGGCAGCACAUGGACAAGCGACCCAGCUACGACUGUCCAGAGUGCGGAAGGAGUUACGGACGCAUGACGGAGCUGAAGAUGCACCAGCGCUACCACACAGGAGAUAAGCCGCACGCGUGCACCUGCUGCAACAAGCGCUUCAUUAGCAAAGACAAGCUGAACGUUCACAUGAGGACGCACACGGGGGAGAGACCAUUUACCUGUCCCCACUGUGGACAGUCAUUUACACAGACGGGGGACAGAAACAGACACAUCAGCAAAUUUCACCCAUUAUCAGAAAAUAGCUUUAGUGAUAUAACCGACGUGAAGUUUUAG